UCGCGCGCUCUCCGGUUGCGCCGGCGCCUUCUGGACUCCGGUUCCACCAUUGCUUUUGCUUCUUUGCUCGCCUUCCCUUUCGGACUUGCGCGGUCGGAGAAAGGCGCGCUCGCGCGCAGCUUACUGCGCAUGUGCGUUGCCAGGGGUAACGCGGGGAGCCAAAGUGGUUUGUGGAGUGGCUACUGUUACUGGUUACUGAGGCGGUUGCCGAGACUGUCGCAGAGACUCGGAGGAGGAGCCCGAGGCGUGAGGGAAGCCGCGAUGAGGGCCGUGUUGACGUGGAGAGAUAAAGCCGAGCACUGUAUAAAUGACAUCGCAUUUAAGCCUGAUGGAACUCAACUGAUUUUGGCUGCUGGAAACAGAUUACUGGUUUAUGACACCUCUGAUGGCACCUUACUUCAGCCCCUCAAGGGACACAAAGACACUGUAUACUGUGUGGCAUAUGCAAAGGAUGGCAAGCGCUUUGCUUCUGGAUCAGCUGACAAAAGCGUUAUUAUCUGGACAUCAAAACUGGAAGGCAUUCUGAAGUACACGCACAAUGAUUCUAUACAGUGUGUCUCCUACAAUCCUGUUACCCAUCAACUGGCAUCUUGUUCCUCCAGUGAUUUUGGGUUGUGGUCUCCUGAACAGAAGUCUAUCUCCAAAAACAAAUCAAGCAGCAAGAUCAUCUGCUGCAGCUGGACAAAUGAUGGUCAGUACCUGGCACUGGGAAUGUUCAAUGGGAUCAUCAGCAUACGGAACAAAAAUGGUGAGGAGAAAGUGAAGAUUGAGCGGCCGGGGGGCUCCCUCUCGCCAAUAUGGUCCAUCUGCUGGAACCCUUCAAGCCGAUGGGAGAGUUUCUGGAUGAACAGAGAUAAUAACGAUGCCGAGGAUGUCAUUGUCAACAGAGGUUUUCAGGAAAUCCCUUCUCUGGAGUCAGCAGUGUACAGUAGUCAGGGUAGUGAGGCAGAGGAGGAAGAACCAGAGGAAGAAGACGACAACUUAGAGGAGCAUAAUGACAUCCUGGCUGUGGCUGACUGGGGUCAAAAACUUUCCUUCUACCAACUGAGUGGAAAACAGAUUGGAAAGGAUCGGGUACUGAAUUUUGACCCUUGCUGCAUCAGCUACUUUACUAAAGGGGAAUACAUUUUGCUGGGGGGUUCAGACAAGCAAGUGUCUCUUUUCACCAAGGAUGGAGUGCGGCUUGGGACUGUUGGGGAGCAGUACUCCUGGGUGUGGACGUGUCGAGUGAAACCGGAUUCCAACUAUGUGGUGGUUGGCUGCCAGGAUGGCACCAUUUCCUUCUACCAGCUUAUUUUCAGCACAGUCCAUGGGCUCUACAAGGACCGUUAUGCCUACAGGGAUAGCAUGACUGAUGUCAUUGUGCAGCACCUGAUCACUGAGCAGAAAGUUCGUAUUAAAUGCAAAGAGCUUGUCAAGAAGAUUGCCAUCUACAGAAAUCGAUUAGCUAUCCAACUGCCAGAGAAAAUCCUCAUCUAUGAGUUGUAUUCAGAGGACUCAUCAGACAUGCAUUACCGGGUAAAGGAGAGGAUUGUCAAGAAGUUUGAGUGCAACCUCCUGGUGGUGUGUGCCAAUCAUAUCAUCCUGUGCCAGGAGAAACGGCUGCAGUGUCUGUCCUUCAGCGGAGUGAAGGAGCGGGAGUGGCAGAUGGAGUCUCUAAUUCGUUACAUCAAGGUUAUCGGUGGCCCUCCUGGAAGGGAAGGCCUGUUAGUGGGGCUGAAGAAUGGACAGAUCCUGAAGAUCUUCGUGGACAAUCUCUUUGCGAUCGUCCUGCUGAAGCAGGCCACAGCCGUGCGCUGCUUGGACAUGAGUGCCUCCCGUAAGAAGCUGGCUGUGGUAGAUGAAAAUGACACUUGCUUGGUGUAUGAUAUCGACACCAAGGAGCUGCUUUUUCAGGUGAAGUCCCUGAGGAGGACCAGGGACAUCCCCCAUCACUGUCUAGAAGUGCUGGCGGUAAACUGGUCAUCUGGCCUGUUCACUCAGCAUGUUCUCCUGAAGCAUGACUUACUGGGGAAAUGCCCAUCAUCCAUGCCUGACACAGAGCAGCUAUUCAAGAAACGUUCGUGGAAUUCAGCUCUGAGGCAAAAGAGAAGACCAGAAAGCAAGAGGAAGAAGGAAAUGAGGUGGGUGGAAGUGGCAGCAGGACAAGAGUCUGCUCCCAUGUACCAGUACCUGGAUAGGAAAAUGUUCAAGGAAGCCUACCAGAUUGCUUGCUUGGGUGUGACAGACACUGAUUGGCGCGAGCUGGCCAUGGAAGCACUAGAAGGUUUAGAUUUUGAAACAUCAAAGAAGGCCUUCAUCAGAGUACAAGACCUCCGAUACUUAGAGCUCAUCAGCAGCAUUGAGGAGAGGAAGAAGCGGGGAGAGACCAACAAUGACCUGUUUCUGGCAGAUGUGUUUUCCUACGAGGGGAAGUUCCAUGAGGCCGCCAAACUGUACAAGAGGAGUGGGCAGGAGAACCUCGCACUUGAAAUGUACACCGAUCUCCGCAUGUUUGAGUAUGCUAAGGUAAUCCACCCCAUCCCGGGCCCAAGCUCUGGCUUGGAGCCCACUGGUGUUCCCACCUGCAACCCAGAGCCCCCCAGCCACUUCCUUCCAUCAGGCUUCUUCACAGGGGUCCCUCUCCUACCCGCCCCUUCCCUCUCCAGGUUGAUCGACAUCGCCCGCAAGCUGGACAAGGCUGAGCGCGAGCCCCUGCUGCUGUGCGCUACCUACCUCAAGAAGCUGGACAGCCCCGGCUAUGCUGCCGAGACCUACCUGAAGAUGGGUGACCUCAAGUCCCUGGUGCAGCUGCACGUGGAGACCCAGCGCUGGGAUGAGGCCUUUGCUUUGGGUGAGAAGCAUCCUGAGUUUAAGGAUGACAUCUACGUGCCCUAUGCUCAGUGGCUAGCAGAGAACGAUCGCUUUGAGGAAGCCCAGCAAGCAUUCCACAAGGCUGGGCGACAGAGAGAAGCAGUCCAGGUGCUGGAGCAGCUCACAGACAAUGCUGUGGCAGAGAGCAGGUUUAAUGAUGCUGCCUAUUAUUACUGGAUGCUAUCCAUGCAGUGCCUCGAUAUAGCUCAAGAUCCUGCCCAGAAGGAUGUGAUGCUUGGCAAGUUCCACCACUUUCAGCGUUUGGCAGAGCUGUACCAUGGCUACCAUGCCAUCCAUCGCCACACGGAGGAUCCAUUCAGUGUCCAUGGGCCUGAAACUCUUUUCAACAUCUCCAGGUUCCUGCUGCACAGCCUGCCCAAGGACACCCCCUCGGGCAUCUCUAAAGUGAAAAUACUCUUCACCCUGGCUAAGCAGAGCAAGGCCCUGGGCGCGUACAGGCUGGCCCGACACGCCUAUGACAAGCUGCGAGGCCUGUGUAUCCCCGCCAGAUUCCAAAAGUCCAUCGAGCUGGGUACCCUGACCAUCCGCGCCAAGCCAUUCCACGACAGUGAGGAGCUGGUGCCCUUGUGCUACCGCUGCUCCACCAACAACCCGCUGCUCAACAACCUGGGCAACGUCUGCAUCAACUGCCGCCAGCCCUUUGUCUUCUCUGCCUCUUCCUAUGAUGUGCUACACCUGGUUGAGUUCUGCCUGGAGGAGGGGAUCACUGAUGAAGAAGCCAUCUCCCUCAUCGACCUGGAGGCACCCAGACCCAAGCGAGAGGACAGACAGCAGGAGACCAUAAACAACAGCUCCCAGAUUCUGCAGCUAGUGGAGACCAAGGACUCCAUGGGAGAUGAGGACCCGUUCACAGCUAAGCUGAGCUUUGAGCAGGGUGGCUCAGAGUUUGUGCCGGUGGUGGUGAGCCGUCUGGUGCUGCGCUCCAUGAGCCGCCGGGACAUCAUCAUCAAGCGCUGGCCCCCGCCCCUGAGGUGGCAGUACUUCCGCUCACUGCUGCCUGACGCCUCCAUUACCAUGUGCCCUUCCUGCUUCCAGAUGUUCCACUCUGAGGACUAUGAGCUGCUGGUUCUUCAGCACGGCUGCUGCCCCUACUGCCGCAAGCGCAAGGACGACCCCGGCCCAUGACCAGCACCCUGGGGACAGCCUGCACUGUCUGCCUGCCUUGCGAUCUGCUGGACUUUGAAGGAGAAUGAAGAGUUAAACUGUCAGAAUGCAUCUCUUGCCCAGAUGAAGUUUGUGUUUUGGGGGGGGCCUUGUGUAACCACGGAAUUCCUAUUUAUGGCAUUUCAUGCCUUGUAAAUAGCACCAGGAGAUGAGGAAGAGAAUGUACAUAUAUUUUCUAAGGAAAAAAAUCUGUUACUUUCAGAACGGCUCCUAGUUGUUCGUGGCAGCCUGCUGGAGUCCGCAGAUCUGUCAGACUGUUAGCAUGUACAUUUUGCCAACAGAUUGCCUCAAUAAUGACAAAAGGGCUCCUUA